CCCUUAAAAACCAGUAUGGUACGUACCAGUACGACAUUUCCGUUUUUACUUCCGGUAUCAAACACAUGUAAAGGAAAGCGGUUGACAUUGCGAGUCUCCUGUUGUACCGGAGGUGGAUCAAGUAUUAUAGCAACUACAUUUACAUCAUUCUCCAUGACUUCCUCCUGUGCAAGGCUGUGUCUGAGAUGCAGACGUUUUCUUUCCUCCAAGACACUGACCCCAGUGGUGCAGUAUUCCACACAAGUUUAUAAUCGCUCUUUGGUCACAAGUGAAAUCAAGAAUGAAUUGUUUGGGGGGAAUAUGAAAACACAGCAGGCCAGACAGAGUUUAAGGCAGCAGACAUUUCAUUACUGUGACAUCAAACAUCUGGUAACUGGAUCCAAUGAAAAGAGGUUGGCAGUGGAGUUGUCUACAGCAGAUAUUGUUCCAUGCAAGAACCCUCUGAUGCCAGUGAAUGAGAGAGAGGUGCAGUCAGAUCCAGAUGCUGUAGCAGAACCUUCUGCUUUAAGGGAGCUCACUGAGGAGGAAGCUCUCAGUAUAACUGUUCCUGCAGCCUUGCCUCCAGCCUCCACAUCUCUUAGAGACUAUGUUGACAAAUCUGAGACACUCAACAAGCUGGUGCAGCUAGGUGUGGAUUUGUGGAAGCUAGAACAAAGGCCCAAUGUUGGAACCAUGCUGCUGAAACUGGACUUUGACACAGAUGUGGCCCCAAGGUUGCUGUUUCUCAAAGAUAAUGGGGUGGAAGAGUCUCGCUUUGGCUACAUCUUAACACACAACCCUUUUAUUCUCACUGAGGAUUUGGAAAACCUGCACGCUAGAGUGAACUAUCUCCUGUCAAAGAAGUUCAGUUCUGAGGAGGUUGCAUCCAUGGUAUCCAAAGCGCCAUAUCUGCUGAAUUUUAGUGUCAAGCGGCUGGACAACAGACUGGGUUUUUAUCAGCAGCAACUUAAACUCAGUGCUGUUAAUACCCGGAACAUUGUAGCUCGUCUACCCAGACUCCUCUGUAGAAGUCUGGAGCCUGUCAAAGAAAAUCUGAAGGUGUGUGAAAUAGAGCUCGGCUUUAAGAAAAAUGAGAUCCAACAUAUAGUUCUUACCAUCCCUAAAGUGCUGACUGCAAAUAAAAAAAGGCUUAUCCAAAUAUUCAACUUCCUUCACAACACCAUGAAUGUCCCCCACCACCUGAUCACCAAGUUUCCACAGGUCCUGAACUCUAAAUUCCUGCGAAUAAGGGAGCGACACAUGUUCCUGAAGUAUCUUGGAAGAGAUCAGUAUGACCCUGACCUGCCCAACUACAUCGCCCUGGAUCGUCUUGUAUCUUUGCCAGAUGAGGCCUUUUGUUCUGAACUGGCUUCGACCACAUUGGAAGAUUUUUAUUUGUUCCAGAAGACACUUUAACUUUAAAACGUGACAAUAAUGACAGAAUAAUGUCAAUAUGUGAACAAUAAAUGUCAUGAAACAUGUUGAGGGCGUAAACAGUAUGUCAAUAAAUGUUUUGAUAAUAAUAAAUGUAAAUAGUUUACAUAAA